GGUGCUGUGCUAUUUUGCAGGGUCUUAACUAUGUUCUGUUUAGGGUUACUGAAAACACCUUGAUCCUCACUUAUUUCUUAGCUGUGGAAAUGUUUAUUCACUUCAUCCACUUCCCAUUAUUCUGUCGUCAUGCUCUGGACUAUAAUAUAUUGAUUACCCUUCCUUCCGUAACAGCUGUUAAGCAAUUUGCUGUGUGUAUCGCCCCUCCCCUUCAGCAGCGCUCUGUAUUUAACCCACGUGCUUGGGUCUUGUUUCUACAACUCCUGCACUGGCCAUACAUGCCACGUCCCAGCUGAAAAAAGAAUUAUGUCCCGUGGGCCAAAUUCAUUCCUGGAGUUGCUUGAUUAAACGCAGCACAUUUACACUGGGCGCAGAUUUGGCUCAUACCUGACUCUGUCAGCAUUGGCUGUGCUGUAACUAAGUAACAAGAGCACUGUCAUCGAGAACAGACGGAUAGCUUUCUCUGAGAUUAUUAGAGCACUGAGCACCUUUAAGGAGUGCAGAAAUCUGUGAAAGGAGGAGUUGGGAAAAAGGACACCGCUCCUUUUAGAGUCUGUGUAACAGAGCCGAUAAGCUAUUCCCCUGAUGUGAUUGAAUGUGACUGAAUACUGCGGGCUCGUGGACUCUUAUUCUAUAAAGCACCCAUCAGAACAGCACAGGAAAAGAUUGGAGGGAACAGCUUCUGCUGUACUGAGAAAGAUGCUGGAGAGCUCUUCAGUCCUUUUGUUCAUUGUCUUCGUUCUGCUUUUCAUUUCGUUGCUCUGCGUGGUACUCAUCAGGAAAAAUGGCACUGCUGCCCUGAUCUGGCAUGAAAUAAUCAAGGAGAAAAUAACCAAUUUCAUCAUGAAUCAGAGCAAAGAACGGAGGAUUUUAAAUUUUGUGUUGCAGAAUGCAGUCCGAGGAGACCCCUGUAGUGUGAUGGAAACUAUAGAUAAAUACUGCUCUGAGAAAGAGUGGGCCAUGAAUGUGGGUGAUGUAAAAGGUGUAAUUCUGGACAAGACAGUGGAAGAGAUCAAUCCUAAAGUUGCACUGGAGCUGGGAACAUACUGUGGCUACUCAGCUGUUAGGAUUGCUCGGCUGCUGAAAGCAGGUGCUCGUCUUCUCACUGUGGAGUUCAACCCAGAAUUUGCUGCUAUAGCUAAACAGAUGAUUGAGUUUGCUGGAGUACAAGAUAAGGUAAAACUCCUAGAAGGCCCUUCAGAGGUAAUUAUCCCCCAGCUGAAAAAAAAAUAUGAAGUGGAUACUCUGGAUUUUGUCUUUGUGGACCACUGGAAAGACAGAUAUGCACCAGACACCAUCCUGCUUCAGGAAUGCAGCUUGCUGAGGAAGGGCUCAGUUCUUCUGGCUGACAAUAUCAUCUUCCCAGGAGCUCCUGAAUUUGUUAAAUAUAUCCGCAACAACCCCCGUUUCCAAUGCAGUACCUACCUAUCUCAUCUGGAAUAUAUGAAAGUGCAGGAUGCUAUGGAAAAGGCUGUGUUUUUGGGAUAAAGACAGCCAUUAAUAUUCAAUCUUUGUUUCUAAUGACAUAAAUGUAACUACAGAGGUGAAUUUGACUGUGCUUUAUAUUUUGCUGUUUGUAUUUUGGAGCUCAUCAUCUAGUGGGAAUUGUUUUUUACCAGGUGGAAACCAAGAUUCGGAGUAAGUAGGGCAUCCACUUAAAGGGCCAUUCCACUGCUUCACCUUAUUCAGCAAACCCAAGGUGAACAACAUAUUGUCAAACAAUACAGUCUGUUAUUUUGAGCUCAAACAUGAACAACCACAGUUAGUAAGGUUGGAGUAACAUGGAAAAAGUCACUCAAUUUCUAAGAACUUAUGUUCUAAAGCUAAACUGUCUUACCCUUCUCAAGCGUGACAAAAACAUCCAUGUUGCAAGAGAAGAACUCCUCAGAAACCCCAGUUAGCUAAAUUAUUAUCGUGCCACUUCCACCAGUGAAAGUUCCUGUAAUAAUGUCAGAUGCAUUUUUGCAUGGCUGAGAAUGUUAAUUAUCUCCAUGCUGUAGAAAAGGGCACAUACUGAAAGAAGAAAAAGCUACACAGCGAUGGGAAAGUGUAACAGAAUUAUGCAUAAGACAAAGAAAAAAAAUAUUGCAUCUGCACAUGUGGAGAUAAUUGGAGAAGUGAGCAGAUUAAAAUAAACACAACACAACAAAAAACAGGUUCUAACAGAAUAUCAAAAUGACAAAAUCACUGAGAUCUUGAGAAAAUACUACUCAUCUCGUCGUUACAUUUACUCAUUCCUUUAUUAUAUUCUAUAUAUGUUGUGUGUGCAUUUGAGAGGCAAGGCAAGCUGCUUACUCUAAAGCAUUAUGUAUGUUUAGUGAGAAUGGGUUUUACCAGGUGGGUUCUGCACACCUUGUUUAACCUAUGAGUUGUAGUUAGAAUUGAAUGGCAAGGUUUAUUAGGGAGAAGAUUUAUAAAAUUAAAUCUGAAGUCUCUUAACUCACCUGAACAAUACAAAAAUCCACUGUUAUUUCCUUCUAUGCCCUGCUGUGAUUAUAUAAUGAGCCAAUGGUUGCUUUUAUGAAUAAAAACUAAAAAAAAAAUAGAGAAGAAAAGUGACUUCCUCUGUUUUCCAUGGAUUCUGCACUGCACUUCAGAUUUCCAGCCUCAGAACAACCACAGAAACACUGAACAGUUCAAAAUCAGAGGUAACCUCUUUCAUGUAAUUUUCAUUUCAUAACAAGAAUCACGGUUCUUUCAGACUCGUUAUCAGUUUCUUCCUUUUACAGCUCACCUUUCUAAAGCGGUUUCUGUCCUGGCCUGGGUGCUACCGAAAAUCCAUCCUGAGGACACCAGUAAUGAACACUGUAGAAAAUUACCCCAUAGUAUAAAAGAAGAAAUGUUACAGGCGAGGAUGACACAGUUCAAAAGUAGACCAAGAAAGCCAUGGUGAACUCCCUUAGAAGCAGGUCCUCUUGUUAUUUACAGUCAAUUCAAUAUCAAUGGGUCAAAGUCUUUCAGGUGAUUCCAAGCAACUUUUCUAAAAGUUUCGAAGAAGAAGAUAAUCUUCAAGUCCAUUUACUGGCAUAUACAAGUUUCCAGAAUGCAAUGGAAACCCUGCAUAAUUGCAGGUGACCAGAUUUCUU